AUGUUGGCCACGGGACGCGGCAGCAUUGCCCAGAUACAUUACACUGGAGAAGAAGCUGCGGGUGAGAUCAACAAGCUCCUCGGCGCAGUUGUAGAGAAUGAAGACGAUUUCGAGAGAUGGGAGGCGCUCGUCACUCGUGCCUCUGACCUCGAGGGCGGCGUCACCCGCAACUCCAGCCCAUCCGCCAUCGAACUCGUGCGCAACGUAUACGACUGCUUCCUCACCAAGUUCCCGCUGUUCUUCGGAUACUGGAAGAAGUAUGCCGACCUCGAAUUCUCUAUUGGCGGCACCGAGACUGCGGAGAUGGUUUAUGAGCGCGGCGUCUCUUGCAUUACACCCUCAGUAGACCUGUGGGCCAAUUAUUGUACCUUCAAGAUGGACACGUCGCAUGACAACGACAUCAUCCGAGAUCUGUUCGAGCGCGGUGCCCACUUCGUUGGUCUCGACUUCCAGAGCCACCCAUUCUGGGACAAGUACAUCGAGUUCGAAGAGCGCAUCGGAGAGCCAACCAAUGUUUCCAAGAUUUACAGCCGUGUUCUACACCUGCCCAUCUAUCAGUUCGCACGAUACUACGAAAAGUUCUCCGUCCUACUUAACAACAGACCAGUCGAUGAGUUGGUCGACUCCGAUACCCUCAGCACGAUGAAGAACGCGGUUCAGCUGGAGAACCAGGGACAGCCCGAGAAGCCAGUGCUUGAGGUGGAGCGACAACUGCGUACUAAAAUUCACGAGUACUACUACGCUGAAUACACCAAGACGCAGCAGGACGUGACGAACCGCUGGACCUUUGAACAAACAAUCAAGAGGGCUUACUUCCACGUCACAGAGCUCGAAGAUGCAGAGCUCGAGAACUGGCGCAAGUAUCUCGAGUACGAAGAGAAGCAGGGCGACUUCGAGCGUACCUGCUUCCUGUAUGAGCGCUGCCUUGUUGCUUGCGCGCUCUAUGACGAGUUCUGGCUGCGAUACGCCCGCUGGAUGUUCUCGCAGGGCAAAGAGGAGAACGCGAGGAUCAUUUAUAUGAGGGCCAGUUGCAUAUUCGUACCCAUCUCGGCUCCUGCGAUACGCCUGAACUGGGCUCGCUUCGAAGAGAAGCUUGGUCGUAUUUCCGUUGCUCGCGAUAUAUACUUGGCCAUGCUCGACGAGGCCCCCGAGCACACCGAGACCCUUGUUGCUCUGGCGGGUGUAGAGCGACGCCACGAAGGCAACGAUGCUGCGGUCCGCCUCUUAGAGGAGCACAUAGGCCGUUCAAAUAACCACAUCGGCGGCAUACUAGCUGCUGAACAGGCACGCAUACUCUGGCAAUGCAAGGGCAGCGUCGAUGAGGCUCGCCAAGUGUUCAAGGACAAGCACGAGCGAUUCCCGGACUCGCGCGAGUUUUGGGUCAAAUACCUUGAGUUUGAAGUCGCACAACCUUCGCCUGAUCAGGAAGAGGCUCAUACUCGGAUAAAGGCUGUUCACGAGCUGAUGCGCACCAAAGCACACUUCUCACCAGAAGUCGCAAAGGAACUCUCGCACUACUACAUGGCUUACCUGAUGGAUCGUGGAGGCAAGGACGUAGCCGAGGAGUAUAUGCAGUUGGAUAAGGAUGUCAACGGCAAAACUGCAAAGCAGGUCGAAGACAUUGCUGCAGCUCCUCUUGUUACGCCUUCAAAGCCUAGUCACCGAACCCGCUUCUAG